AGUAGCAGCGUGCUCAUGCAGACAGAGGGAGCGGUAACCAGAGACAGGGUGUCCUCACCAUCGUCCCUAUGCAACUCCUGGCAGAAGUCAAGGGCUGGCUCCGGAUCCGAAGCCUCCUGGCCCGACAGUGCCUGGCAGAGUUUCUGGCUCAUCACCCAAGGGGCUGUGGCCCAGGCUGUCACCAGUGAAGAAACCAAAGGCAACUUCUUCACCAUGUUUCUGGCUGGCGCUUUGGCUGUGAUGGUGGCCAUCUACGUGGGUGGUAAUGUCUCCGGGGCCCACCUGAAUCCAGCCUUCUCCCUGGCCAUGUGCCUCCUGGGACGCCUCCCCUGGGCCAAGCUCCCCAUUUACUCCCUGGUGCAGAUACUGUCUGCUUUCUGCGCCUCUGGAGCCACUUAUGCUCUCUACUAUGAUGCCCUACAGAACUAUACAGGUGGGAACCUGACCGUGACUGGCCCCAAGGAGACAGCUUCCAUCUUUGCCACCUACCCUGCUCCCUAUUUGUCCCUGAACAAUGGCUUCUUGGAUCAGGUUCUGGGAACUGCGGUCCUGAUUGUGGGGAUCUUGGCCAUCCUGGACACACGGAACAAGGGAGUGCCUGCGGGUCUGGAGCCUGUGGCAGUGGCCCUUUUGAUCCUGGCCAUCGGGCUCUCCAUGGGUGCCAACUGUGGAUACCCACUCAACCCUGCCCGGGACCUGGGCCCACGGAUUUUCACCUACGUGGCCGGCUGGGGCCCUGAAGUCUUCAGCGCCGGUAAUGGCUGGUGGUGGGUGCCUGUGCUGGCCCCUAUGGUGGGGGCCACCCUUGGCACAGCCACUUACCAACUUCUGGUGGCUCUGCACCACCCUGAGAGUUCAGAACCGGCUCAGGGUCUAGUGCUUGCCCAGUAUAAAGACUUGGAAACUCCUGCCUCAACUCAGACGCCCCAACAGUCCUACCUCCCUCAUGGACACUGA